AGAUCAUGCUCAUGGCGCUCGGCUGCGCGUUCAUCUUCCUCCUCGUCGUCGUCGCGUGGCGCCGCCGCAUGCGCAAGCGGCGCGCGCAGGCCACCGCCGCGUUCGCGCAGGCCAAGCGCCUCGGCGCGCCGCGCACCUGGCGCUGGCGCCUCCGCCGCCUCGGCGCGGUCCUCCUCGGGCAGCACCGCCGGCCCGCCGCGACGGACGAGGAGGCGCAGGCGCUGCGCCUCGAGAAGCUGCGCGGGGCGGAGGACGCGCGGCACACGCGCGGGGUGGAGAAGCUCGGCGGGGCCGCGUACGACCUGCCCUCCGUGCACGAGCCCGGCGAGCGCGCGUCGCUCUCGACCGAGUCGCUGUACACGCAGGUGACGGGGCAGCCGCGGCGCGCGCCGGAGCCGCGCCAGCCGGUGCGGAACGCGCGCGACAUGCUGCCGUCGCGCUUCUCGGACACGACGAUGGGCUCGCACGAGCGGGAGGCGCGGGCGCCGACGCCGGCGCAGGAGUACGCGCGGUCCGUGGCGCAGGCGCAGGCGCAGGAGCCGCGGGGCGCGUACUGGGUCACGCCGACGAGCACGGGGGACUCGAACAACCCUUUCCGACGGUGAGGCGCGUCGCGUUUGGACUCUUUGGGCGGCUGCAGCACACGGACUUUGCAUCUUCCCCGGCAUAGUUUGCAUCGCAUGACAUUAGACUUUUUUUUUCGCCUGCUCGGCUCGCCCAUGAGCACUGCUACGCCAUGACCUUCGUUCGAGCUUAUCGUAUAUACUUGUACAUCUGUGUAAUCCUGCUGUAUCGCUAAUACCACACCACACCUACCUGCUAGCAAUGGAAGGAUAUCAUGUGAAA